AUGGAUCCGUAUAUAUGUAUAUCAAAAAUAAAUGGUCUUUCGUCUCUGUUGGGCUUCUUUUGCGGUCAUCAAUCGUACUGUGGAGAAGUAAACAGUUUUCGAGCAUUUCAACAAGCAAAAUGGAACAUUGAAAAGUACUAUACUGUUGUUGGUCUAACGGAACAAUUUGACGAAUUUCUAUUUGUUUUACAACGUCUGAUUCCAAGAUAUUUUCGAAAUGUUUAUCAAUUAUAUCAGACAGAGGGGAAACCACACUUAAACAAACAGCCGGAUGGAUACGCUGGAAGAAUACCGGUACCGGUAACAUUGAAUAAAUUAAAGUUUUUGUUGAAAUAUGAUUAUGAGUUGUAUAAUUUCGUUAAAAAACGAUUUUAUGAACAGUACAUGCAAUUAAAACAUCGUAUCUGUACUUCAACAGUAUUAUGUUCGUAG